UGAGCAGGGGUUUGAUUUGGAGGACCGAGGGGCACAGGGGGUCUUUCCGAACCGCGACAGGAACAUGGAGAACGUGCAAGUGUUCGACUCCCCGGGAAAGGGUCGCGGCCUUCGGGCUGCCAAGGAGAUGUGGGCCGGGGACGUGCUGUUCUCUGAGCCCAGCUUCGCCGCCGUCGUCUUCGACAACAUGGUGGAUCACGUGUGCCACAGCUGUUUCCGGCGGCAGCAGAAGCUGCAGCGCUGCGGUCAGUGCAAGUUUGCGCAGUACUGCGACCGCACCUGCCAGCGGGCCGGCUGGAGCGAGCACAAGCAGGAGUGCGGAGCCGUCAAGACCUACGGCAAGGUGCCCAACGAGAACAUCCGGCUAGCGGCUCGGAUCCUGUGGCGGGUGGAGAAGGAGGGGGAGGUGGCGUCGGACACGCAGCUGACCACCCUGACAGACCUGGAGGACCACGUGUCGGACAUGGCGGAGGACGACCUGAAGGAGCUCAAGGUGGACAUUCACAACUUCCUGGACUACUGGCCGCGCAACAGCAAGCAGUACAGGGUGGACGACAUCUCACACAUCUUCGGAGUGAUAAACUGCAAUGGGUUUAUGGUGAGCGAUCAAAGAGGCAUCCAGGCAGUGGGCGUUGGUCUGUUUCCGAAUUUGUGCCUGGUGAACCACGACUGCUGGCCCAACUGCACCGUCAUCCUCAACCACGGAAAGAUAGAGCUGCGCGCUCUGGGUAAGAUCAGCGAGGGGGAGGAGGUGACGGUGUCGUACGUGGACUUCCUGAACGUGUCCGCCGAGCGCCAGCAGCUGCUGAAGCAGCAGUACUACUUCACCUGCACCUGCCAGCACUGCACCGAGCACAUCAAAGAUGACCUGAUGAUGGCCAGCCUGGACACGGAGGAGAACAAGCCAUCUGAGGAGCUGGUGAAGGAGGUGACGGAGUUCAGCCUGGAGACGAUCAAGAAGCUGGACCAGGCUCGCCUCGAUGGCAAGUACAACGAGGUAGUGAAGCUGUGCAGGGAGUGUCUGAAGAGGCAGGAGCCCGUCCUGGCUGAUACUCACCUGUACCUGCUGCGCAUACUGAGCACGCUCAGUGAGGUGCUGUCCUACCUGCAGUUCUUCGAGGAGGCGGCUGGAUACGCCCGCAGGAUGGUGGAGGGGUACAUGAAGCUUUACCACCCAAAUAAUGCCCAGAUGGGCAUGGCUACCAUGCGGGCGGGGGUGACACACUGGCACGCGGGACUGAUCGAGGUCGGGCACGGCAUGAUCUGCAAGGCCUACGGCAUCCUGCUGAUCACACAUGGCCCCACCCAUCCCAUCACCAAGGACCUGGAGGCCAUGCGCAUGCAGACGGAGAUGGAGCUGAGGAUGUUCCGGCAGAACGAGUACGUGUACCACAGCAUGCGCGAGGCCGCGCUCAAGAACCAGCCCAUGUCCAUGAUGUCAGAGCCCCUGGCUGAGGGCGUCAAGAAACUGUUCCGCAAGCAGUGACAUCAUCGCCGUGGGAAACCACAACCCAAACCAGAGAGGUCGGCUGGCUUGCCGACGUACAGUUUCACAUCCCUUCUCUUUCUGAACAGGGAGGUAUUUCGCAAAGCAGGACUGCUGAGUUAGCUGGAUAACUGCAUUGACUAAAACCCGCAACCCUCCCAAAUCUGGAACAUGGACUGAAGUUAAAAAGAAGAGCUGUUCCGGGUAUUGGUUAUCCAGCCAAUUCCAUAGUCCUGCUUUGGGAAAUACCCACCAGACCUUACGCUGAUACCACAUAAUAGUAAUAAUAAUCACUUGUCCCAGAUACAAAUAGACAACCCAUCGGAAACAGGGGUCAUCAGUCCUGACCAGGAGAUCCGCAGGCCCUGCGAAUUGCUGUGGUCACCACGAAAUACAGCGACCGGUUCAGACCCAAGAACCCAGGCAGGGGCUGGAGCGCCCCAGGACUGGGAUUAGGUCCCCUGUUCUGGGGGAUGUUUGCAGGGAUCCAAACUCCUAUGACCCCCACACCCUACCCCCAGGUACCGAGAGGCCCAGGUGUGCCAUGUGCACCUUUACUCAGCUCACUUUAUUUACAGGUCGCACGCGUGUCUUUAGGUGAGAUGCAGUUCUUUCUGUACACAUUUGAAACUUUGAACAGACUUAGAUCGCGGUCUCUCAGACCACAUUUCAAACUAACACACAGCACUUUGUGAAAAGAACAGAUUUCUGGCACUUUGGAAGCUGAGCACCAGUAAAAAGUAAAGAUAGUUAAUUGCUGUGAGAGCAGGAUAUGGUGUCUUUCAGCCAUACUGCAUGUGCAUUGAAAUUAGGCUAAAUAAAGUUCUUUGUGUCAA